AUGUCUGAGGGUCUCGUCAUUUUCUCUCAGAACUUUGAGAUAAUUCAGGACAAUGUAUUGCACUUCACGGCGCUCAUCGGGCCCGAUCUCAUUGCUCACAAGAAAAAGAGCGGCCCGGCAGACCAUAAAAUGCAAAUAAUGAUACUCUGUGGCCGCGGUCAGGAGUCUUUUGGUCGUAUUCCAGUGUUCAUGCGUGCUAAGAUAUCGAAGCUGACGAGCGGCGGCAUCACGAUUAGCUUUUUCGGAGGAAGUCAGAGCCACCGUCGCGGCUUCGUCUAA